GUGCAGUGCGUCAAAUCAAAAUAAAAUUUGUCAACAGAAAAACAAAAAAAAGACAAAAUUUCGCAGUUAGUCAUAAUUUUCAAAUAGUGUCUAAUAAAUAAUAAUAUAUUAUGCGUAUCAACUAGAAUAAUAAAUAUCUGAGUACUUAUCGACACAGUUUCAGUUAUCAAUCAAAAUAAUGGCUUUAUUUGUACUGCGUUCGCGAUAUGUCGCAUUUCCGCCACUUGCAAAUAUAUGGCUACGUAAUUUGCUGCUGGUGGGCCACCAGAAAAGUACCAACGUCGACGCAAUAGAUUCCUUCAUCAACGAAUUAAUGGAAAAUAAGGCAUUCAAGUGGAAAGUACUCAGCAACAAGCACAAGCCGGUUCCAAUGGUGAAAAGAGUCGAUACACAAAAUCAUAUACAGAGCCUUGCGAAUUACGGACUGACGCAGAUUUACGACGACCUAACGUCGAAUCCGCUUGUUAUCAACAUCAAGUCAUUGGAACAAUCACAUAUCGAUAAUUUAUUGGACACGGCGAUGCGGGAGAAUAACGAUAAGGACGUCCAUCUUCUGUUCGAGCAAAUGAUCGAUUAUGAUAGGCUUCCGUCUAAAAAUGUGUUGAAUAUGCUGUUGGAAUACUUUGCGAAUGCUGCAGAUCGAAAACGGUUGGACAAUUUAAUAGCACUGUGUAAUCAAAUAGAGCCUAGUUUCGUGACUGAUGGCAGUGGCCUUUUACACUAUAAAGCAGUUAUUGCUUGGAGAGGUGGUAAUACUUUCAAUUCGUUAGACUUGUUUAAAAAGGCACUGAUAGGAUGCCCAACGAACGAAACCAGAAAAGUAAUCAAUCUGCUGCUCGCUAGGAUUGUAGACGAAACCAUUGGAAAGAAAAGCGAAGCUGUUCUGUUAGCCGUGAUUGAGAUGGGAGAAUUUUGCAUGGCAGAGAUGAAGGAUGACUUUCUGGUUGGCUACAUUUGGGAACGGAGCUUCCAGAGUCAAUGGUUCAGCGAUCAGGAGGCCGCCAAAGGGCUGUUCGACAAACACGAGUGUUUGCGAUUGGCAGUUGCAACAAGAGUCAAUUCAUUGUGCUUCAAAUUUAUGCACGAAAACGAUACCGAAGCAGUCUACCGGUUGAUGGAGCUGUUAUUGAAAUACGGAAUGUCUGCUCAAUGCCGUCCAAUAUUAAUCAGCUUGUUCGAAUAUCAAUAUUGGAGACGAAACUUGCGGGCAUGCUCGGAGAUCAUGCAAAAUUCACUUGAUCUGGAUAUUCCUCUGCCGGAGUCAUACAACCAGAAACUGUUGACCCUGUUGUUGGGUCGUUCAAGUUCGUCGUCCGCCAAGCCAACCACUACAGUUGUGGCCACAAAGCAGAAACAGCAACCAAAGACAAAUAAAUAUCAGCUCAAGUUUUAGGUUUGACAAUGUUUUGUAGAUUCUCGAAAGCAGAAUGUAAAUAAGACGAAUGUAAAUAAUGAACAAAUAUGUAGAUUAAACGAUGAAAAUAUAUUACUUCCAGUGCAUGCAUGUAAUGGAUAUA